AGGCGGCUCUGGCUGGGGGCGCCUUGCUGAAUGGGGCCCCGGUGCGUUCGCCCGACGCCUCAUCGACGCGCGGGCUAUUACACGCCCCAGGGCUGACAUGACGGGCCCCGGCGUGCCGCAGUCUGCGCUGCUGAGGAGGAGCUCGAUCCCCCCGCAGCGGGAGGACUUCGAGCUGGACGACUUCGAGGCGGUCGGGAAGGCGCUGGGCCGUGGAGCCUUCGGCUACGUGAGCAAAGUGAAGCAGAAGCACACUGGCAAGAUCUUCGCGAUGAAGGUGAUGUCCAAGACGAAGAUCGAGGAGCAGAGCCUGGAGGAAAACAUCGAGCGAGAGAUCAGCACGCAGCAGACGCUGGGGCACCCGAACAUCCUGCGCCUGUACAAGUACUUCGAGGACCAGGAGGACAUCCACCUGCUCCUGGAGUACGCGCCGAACGGCUCGCUGUUCGACCUGCUCAGAGACCAUCGCAAGGCGGCCGCGGCCUCUGGCGAGGCGUGCCAGGGCCUCCCCGAGGACCGGGCCGCGUGCAUGUUCGGCGACGUGGCGGGGGCCCUCCACUUCCUCCACUGCAACGGCGUGGUCCACCGGGACCUGAAGCCAGAGAACAUACUCAUCUGCGAGGACGACGUGGUGAAGCUGGCCGACUUCGGCUGGUGCAACCAGCUCGCGGCGGAGAGCGCGGGCCGCAACACCUUCUGCGGCACCUGGGAGUACCUCUCGCCGGAGAUGAUCAACAGCGAGCCGCACGACUGCAGCGUGGACGCGUGGGCCUCGGGGGUGCUCCUCUUCGAGAUGCUCGUGGGGCGCUCGCCCUUCGCCGCGAGCAGCUACGUGCAGGCGCUCGGCAGGAUCUCGCGGGUGGCGUACGAGUUCCCGGACCACGUCUCGGCGCCCGCCCGGGACCUCGUGGGCCGGCUGCUCGUGAAGGAGCCGGGCCAGCGCCUCGGGCUGGGGCAGGCGGCCGAGCACCCGUGGGUGCGGGACGAGGACGAGGACGAGGGCGACGGCGAGGACGAGGGCGAGGGCGAGGGCAACGACGGCGACCUCGACGCCGACGCCGACGCCGACGCCGACGACGCUGCCGGCCGCCGCGGCGGCGGCGCCCCGCGGGGCGCCGAGGCCUCGGGGCGCGAGGCGGCGGAGGCCCGCGGCGGCGAGGCGCGGGCGGGGCCCGGCGAGGGGGCGCGCGCCGCCGCCGGGGAGGCGCAGGGCGGGUCGAGCCCGGAGGGCGCCGCGGAGGACACGGGUUGUCCCUCGUGCACCUGCGGCGGGCAGACGUCGCCAGCGGAGAGUUCGGCGGCACCCUCGGCGAUUCUUUGCCUCUGGAGCACCUGGCUGGCGCUGGGCGUGCUCAUCGGCGUUGUGUUCAGCUGGCUCGCGAUAUUCCUGCUCGGCGUGGCGCGCGGCUGCGCUGCACGAGCCCUGGGCGUGUUCUCGAGCUCACCUCCGACAGCAGCGGCGAUGCCCAACAGUCUCCAGACGUAUGGAUUCGAUCCUGUGCCGAGGGCGGACAUCCUUGCCCUCAAGAGACAAACGGCUGUGCAGGCAGCCAUCCUGGGCGACGACGGUCAGGAUGUGGAGAUGGAGAACUUCGGAUGGGUGGUCAGCGAGACGUCCCACCUCAGGUUCGGGCAGAUUUUGACCGACCCGGAGGUCGAGCAGGCCACCCUGGGGCAGAACAAAGGCGUCGCCAUCGUGAGUGACCUGGAGGUUUUUGUUGAGAAGGUUCAGGUCGGCCAGCUCGAAGCGUGGAAGACGGCGCGCCAUGCAGGAGCUGGUGAUCUGCGACUUCUGGGUGAUCAUCGUGACGCUUCAGGGCGCCGCCACCUCGCGCUCGCGGAGGCGGUCGCGAUGAUGCGUGAGACCGACUGCGACGAUUGGGUCUCGCCGGACCCCCGCGUCGCCAAAGAGUGGCUGGUCUCGAUCAGGGACGGGCCUGGCGACGCGACCUCUUGCCAUGGGCCAUGGGUUCGACGCUCGGGAGUGAGCGAGUCCUCGGCGGUGGCGCACAUCCACUACGUGCUGUGUGAGGCGGCCCGACUGGCGAUGCAGACCGACCAGCUCGACGUCACGAACUUGUCGAGCUUCGAGCUCAUCAUGCGAAGGAUUUGCCAGGAUGAGACUGCAGUGGCCCGUAACCCUCGGCAUCCAGACUACGGAGGUCUGGAGAUCGUCUUGCACGCCCCGACAACCGAGCAGGGCCAGGCCAGCACGAGCAAGUUCACAGAGUGGGUGACCGGUCGCCUCAAGGAACAGGCCGCCAUCUACAAGCAGACUCGGUUGUGGAACGAGGAGCAGCGCGCCCUGCAGCCCGCCCGUGGCUCGUCGGACACCGACAAGGGACCUGGCCGCAAGGGCAAUCGUGCCCGAGGCAAGGGCGACAAGAGUGCUCGGGGUGACCGAGGAUCGGGGACGGUCUACUCGUUGGAGGCCCUCGAGACGGACUCGAUCUUGGACAGCAUUGUGGAGCGCGUCGACGCCGUCGGGAACCUCGCGCCGUUCGACCUGACAAAGCUCAAGUUCGCGAAGGGACGAGCGCGGCCGCGCUCCGUGGCCAACUCCCUGCCGCCGCUAGCCGCGGAGAUGAUCCGCAACCCAGCGCAGUACAUCGAGAAGGAUGAGGGGGGGGAUGGAGUUCAUGCGCGAGUCGACCGUUCCGGGCUUGGGUCGGCCGGCGCCCUCGCCGACCUCGAUUUCUCCAUCGGGGGCGGCUCAUUCGACGGAGUCGACAGCAUCGUCGGCUGGGACCCCCGCGGGAACGAGGCCGACGUGGAGGACUGCUUCUACAACUUUGCGAUCGACGGCCUGGCUGAGCGGUUUGGUUUCGACGACCCGCUGCCAGUUGUGACGAUCAGGGACAUCUAG